CGGCCUAGAGGGGCGCCGGGCGCUCGCGCUCCCUUCCGCGUCGCGGCGCCCCUGGCGGCUUUUCGGCGCUGGGUGAGGGACGGCGUGAGUCCCAGCUCGCUGGACGCCGAGGCCCGCGGCGUCCCUCCUCGCCGGGCCCAGUGUCGGAGGUCGGCGUGUGGCCGCGCCGAAGCCGCCCGCGGUGGUUGCGCGGCCUCCCUCGCGGAGCCCCGGUGCGGCCCCCCGCCCGCCGAGGCGCGGGGCUCCGUUCUCCUGGGGGAGGUCCCGGGCGGGCCUCCGGUCAGCGUCGCCCGCCGGACACCGAGUAUUUCGCCGUUAACGCGCAGCCCGGCACCUCUGCGUCCUUCUCCAUUGGCUCCGUGUGGGGUCAGCGUCAUGGUUCCCGUAAGCGCGCUUUUAGCUCCUAAGGUUCUUCUUGCUUUUCCAAAUCAAGGCGACAGUGCACGAAGCCAGGGGACAUCAGCCAUGCUCCAGACAACUUGGCCUCAGGAGCCAGUGACCUUUGAGGAUGUGGCCGUGUACUUCACCCAGAGUCAGUGGGCCAGCCUGGACCAUGUGCAGAGGGCCUUGUACCAGGAGGUGAUGCUGGAGAAUUAUGCUAAUGUGGCUUCCUUGGGAGGAGCAUUUCCAUUCCCCAAACCUGUUCUGGUCUCCCAGCUGGAGAGAGGGGAAGCACCAUGGGGCCCAGAUCCCUGGGAAGCAGAGGUUGUGAGAUGCAUCAGUCCAGGUGGUGAGUCCUGGAUCAAGAAAGAGGAGCCUGCUGUAAAGCAGGAAGCAGCUGAAGAGGCAGAGUUGCACAGAACGCUCGGAGGGGGACUUCUCAGAAAUGUUUCCCAGCACUUUGACUUUAAAAGCAAGGCCACAUGGCAGACUUUCAGUCUGAAUCCGAAUCUGAUACUUCGGGGUGGAAUGAAGUUCUAUGAAUGUAAAGAAUGUGGGAAAAUCUUCAGAUAUAACUCAAAGCUUAUUCGGCACCAGAUGAGUCAUACUGGGGAAAAGCCCUUCAAGUGUAAGGAAUGUGGCAAAGCUUUUAAGUCCAGCUAUGACUGUAUUGUACAUGAGAAGAAUCACAUCGGGGAAGGGCCCUAUGAAUGUAAGGAGUGCGGCAAAGGUUUGAGUUCCAACACAGCCUUGACUCAGCAUCAGAGGAUCCACACUGGAGAGAAGCCGUAUGAAUGUAAGGAGUGUGGAAAGGCCUUCCGUAGAAGCGCGGCUUAUCUUCAGCAUCAGAGAUUGCACACUGGAGAGAAACUCUAUAAAUGCAAGGAGUGUUGGAAAGCUUUUGGGUGUAGGUCGCUUUUUAUCGUCCAUCAGAGGAUUCACACAGGGGAGAAGCCAUACCAGUGUAAGGAGUGUGGCAAGGCAUUUACUCAGAAGAUAGCUUCCAUCCAGCAUCAGAGAGUCCACACUGGAGAGAAGCCCUAUGAGUGCAAGGUGUGUGGGAAAGCAUUCAAAUGGUACGGCAGUUUUGUUCAGCACCAGAAACUGCACCCCGUGGAGAAGAAGCCUGUCAAGGUUCUUGGGCCAUCGCUGAUGGGUCCCCCAUGCCCCUCUUCAGCCUUCUCUGCUGCUCCUAUCCAGGGCCCGUGCUCUGCUCCCACCGUGGCCGUGCCUUCACUGACCUUUCCACAUGCUGUACUUAUUCCUACCUCUGGACCUUUGUUCAUGAUACUGCCCGCAUCUGGAAUGCCUUCUUCACCUGUCCAAAUAGUGCACGUCUUCCAGGGCCUUCCUCCCACUGUGAAGCCUUCCCCAGUUAUUCUAGCCCCAUCCCCUCACCCCUCAUGAGCUUUAUCUCAGCACUCCUCCAGCUCUUAGGCCCAGCCGACUGUCAGCUUCACUUGAGUUUCAUUUGUAUAUUUUGUCUUUACCUUACACUCCUCACAAUUGUUUCAGCAUAAGCUCCAUUAUAAUCUAUAUAUAUUGAAAGACCGUGUUGUUGUAUUUCCGUCUGGGUAGAAAGUGCAACUAUCUGACCUUUGCACCAGUCUCUUUCAGGCUUGAACAGUAAUGGCUGUAUCUGCCCUGUGAGGAUGUGGGUGUUGGAAGUGCUGGCAGGACACUUGGUUGCAUUAGAGUGUCUGCGGGAGAGCCCAUCCUUGCACGGGGCCUUUGUGGUUAGAGCCAAGCGGCUUGGGGGAAGCAGGAGAGCUGUGCAGGAACUGGAGGGGAUGGCAGGGUGGGGUGUGGAAGGAGAGCACCAGCAACCGCUUUCAGCAGCAGACUCAGAAAUUUGGAUUGUUCAGUGGGCUAAGGUGACGUCAAUGCAGUUGAAGUCAUGUUGCCCUUGGUAUGGAUCAUUGAGGAUCUCCUGCUGUGUAUGCAAAAGAGCAUGAGAAAUAACCAGUGAACAACUAUAUGCAGUGAUAAUUAUUUAUGCAAUUGAUAGCAGUUAUGUCUUUGAACAAUGUGUUUUUUUCUUUAGUUUUGCUCUUGAUAUCUAGAUUUUUUUUAUCUUUGAUUUCAUAAGUAAAUAUACACCAAAGUAUUCAUCUUUGUUCCCUGUGCUGUGUACAUUUUUCUCAGUGGGCAUUCUGGUUUUCUGUUUGCAAGCAUUGGCUUCAACAUUUUACGUUCUCCGGAUAGUAUGGAUUGUAAAUAAGAAUAUGGCGAAUUAGGAAAGAAAUAGCAUCAGUGUAAAGCCAACUUGGGGGAAAUUUGAAUAAGUUUCUAAAUUAUUUUUUAGGAAUAGAGGGAGCUGUGUCUCCACACAGCUAAAUGGCAGCUAACCUGUGAUAGGUCUGGGAAGCAGAAUUUUGGAUUGCUCUUAUUUUUUACCUUGAUGGGAAUCUUUUACAACUAUGCAAAGGACUAUGUGAGCAAUUCCUUUUCUUUUUUUAAUUAAAAAAAAUCUAUUAGAGCAUGAGAGAGAGAGAGAAUGAAUGGGGGAAGCGGGGUAGAAGGAGAGAAAGACGCAGACUUGCUGCUGAACAGGGAGCCUGACACAGAGCUUGAUCCCAGGACCCUGGAAUGAUGAACUGAGCCAAAGGCAGAUGCUUAACAGAGGAGCCACCCAGGUGCUCUGAAGUGAUUUCUGAAAAAAGAAUCUGAGUUCUGCAUUAUCAGCAUUGGUAUAAAGUGACUCCUUAAACAUUGGGCCAUACAUUUUAUUCUUUUAAGUUGCUUUUGCUACCUAGAUAUUUCUCCACAGCAAUUAACAGAAAAACCUUUAAAUUAGUGGUUCUUACACUUUACCAUGCAUCUGAAUAACCUGGUCUGAAAAGAGUAAUUUUCUGGCCGAACUCCCAGAACUUCUGAUUUUGGGUAUCUAUGGUCAUACCUAGACAUAACAUUGAAAGAAACUCUGAGCACAAAGUGGCUAUGGGCUGUUGGAGGCAUGUAUUUAUACAGGGUUUGGGAGGGAACACCUUACUGUACAGUGGAUCUUCAUGAGAGAGAUCUCUAAAAGCAGUGUGGUUUAGAAGCAGAGAGAAAAGCAAUUGAAACAUGGCUAAUAGGAAAGAAAGAAAGGGGCAAAGAGGUCUGAGGUGGCUAUGAGGUGUUCUAGAGUUCUCCACUGCCAGAGGCUUAUGGGGGUUGAAAACAGGCUACCUUUUGCUAUUUGCCUAUUGACUGAAGUAAUGAAGAAAUAUUUUCUUACUAGAAAGUUAAUUCCCCUCCAAGGAGCUCUUGGGUUAAAGAGAGCACAAAUUGGCUGUAAUGGAUGAUCAGGAACUGAACAGUAAGAAAAGGAUGCAGCAGGGUCUGGGAUGUAGCAAAAGGUGGUACUCAGAGCAGUAUUUACAAGCUUGGAUGCAUCCCUUAGAAGAUGAGUUUGAAACCUUGGUAGUUCAGGAGGCUGGAGAUGGUGUUUGGUGGUGGGAAACAAAUUCACUACAAACUAAAGACAAGAAAACAGACCAAAAAAUCCAAAGCAUAGUUGGCAAAAAUAAAAUAUACAACAGACUUUUUGGUGAAAAUGGUGGUUGGACAUGUUAGCAUUCAUGCCCUCCUGAAACUCCACUAAAACAGUAAAAGAUUAAAGACCAGCUUACAAGGAUGAUGAAAAUAUGACGUGACGGAUAGCAGUUUAGCACCUGCCUUCAGCCCAGUGUGUGAUCCUGGAGUCCCAGGAUCAAGUCCCGCAUCAGGCUCCCUUCACUGCAUGGAGCCUGCUUUUCCCUCUACCUGUGUCUCUGCCUCUCUGUGUCUCUCAUGAAUAAAGAAAUAAAAUCUUUAAUAAAAAAAAUACGAUGUGAAUAGCUUGGAAACUGGAAGGUGAUGAAGAGUUGUAACUUUGAACAGCCAACCCGAGGAAGCUGAGCAGCCAUCUUAUGUGGCAGAUUUCCCACUUAGGAGACUUAGGAGUUGAAAAUUCGGGUUUCUGUGGGAAUAGAGGAUGCCGGUGGGGGUAGGAACAGGAGAAUUUACUAAGUCUUUACCAAGUACUUAGAUUCGGUCACCUCCCCUAUCUCUCUGGUCACUGGAGCAAUAAAACAGGCGUUUUAGAGGUCAGGGGUACCAUGCUGAAUGUCAGGUCCUUGUCCCUCUCCCUCUGCUUCUAUCCAGAAUGCUGCCAACUAGACUUGGGUACCUUCUCAGCUAGAAAUCAGAAGAACUUUGAGAGAUGAAUCAAGAGAAAAAUGAUACAUCUUGGAUUCCUCAAUGAAAUGGCUCUCCAGAGAUGUUCCAACUGUGCACAUAAUGCUUCUUAGCCUGGCUCCCCCCACUCCUUUAGCCUCUUAUUUAUUUAUUUUUAAAGAUCUUAUUUAUUUGCGGCACCUGAAUGGCUCAGUGGUUGGGUGUCUGCUUUUGGCUCAGGUGGUGAUCCUGGGAUUGAGUCCCACAUUGGGCUCCCUGUAGGGAGCCUGCUUCUCCCUCUGCUUGUGUCUCUCAUGAAUAAAUAAAUAAAAUCUUAAAAAAAAAUCUUAUUCUAAGAGCAUGAACUUCUGGGGUUGGGGGAGGGCAGAAGCAAAGGGAGAGAGAAUCCCAAGCAGAUUCCAGCAGAGUGCUGGAGCCCAACACAAUGCUUGACCCCACGACCCAAACUGGUGAGCUGGCAUCACAAUGCUUGACUGAGUUACCCAGGUGCCCCUCCCCUAGCCAGCCUUUUAGUGUUCCAUUCUUAGAUAUAAUCUAAUAGCCAAGGAUAGGAAAGAGGCUGGAGCGAGGAUAAAGAAAGCCCACUUGAAGUAGACUAUGGCGAGAAGAAGAAAAUUUACGCUAAGGUUAGAGAAGAGGUUCGCAUCUAUGAAGCAAAAGGCUGCCCUUAAAGAGGAAAAUUCAGAGACCUCUUGAAAACUAAAAGUUGAAAUCAGAAAUGAGACUUAGAAUAAGCACUUGAAAAUAAAGUCAAGGGAAUCACCCAGAUUCCCUAGCAAAAAGAGGGGGAGUGCAGGUGACCUAACAGGCGUUAGGGGAAUCUGGAAGCAAAUCCUAAAAGCUUCUGGGAGAUUUUUCUAGAAUCCAAGCUUAGGGUUCUGUGCCUUCAGCAGCACGUGCUAAGGAGCCUCAAGUGCUUGGAGUUAAGAUACCUCACUUGAGGUCUCCAUGCCUCUCCUGGCAGGAGUGAAGAGGGACUCCAGCCCCACACCCCCAUCUACCAUGCUCCCACCUCGGUCUUCCUGGCCUUCUAGUCCUGAGCCUCAGGGGUAGUCUUUGCAUACACCGCACGUUUAUCUAGGUCCCACAAGGAGCCCCGACCUCCCGGAAUAACCCCCGUCUCCUGCACAUUUAAUCCUCAGCAUCUCUGCAUUCCCCCUUUUGUCUUCAACUGUUACCUCCUCAGCUCCUGGAAACUUUUCCUUGUUCUGCUCUCUGAAAUGGCCAGUGCUGUGGUAGUCCCCUGUAUGCUAAAGCCACCUGCACACUGCCUUUUCCUUUGUCCUCUCAUCGGAACCUGCCUGUCCCUUGAAGAUGCUGCUGCCCAGCACCCCCUGACAGGGCAGUCCCCUUUUUUACACAGUGCUGGUACCAGGUAUCUUGGAUCCUCUGUUUCUCUUUGCCAGUUCCAGACCAUUCUGCGCCCCUCCCCUUUGCUAAAAACCUUUGAAUCUCAUGUCAUUGGGCUCUACUGCUGGAC